GGGCCCUUGAUCGCUCGCCUGACGGCUGGCCUGCUGUGACACUUCCUCUCUCCGCCGGCGCCGCCUCCCUCCCCUCCCCCUUCCUCCCCAGGUUCAUUUUCCCUCUUCUCCGGGCUCGCCCAUGAGCCUCCUCGGGAGCUACCGGAAGAAGACCAGCAGCGAUGGUUACGAGUCUUUGCAGCUGGUGGACAGUCACGGGGACUCGGGCGCGCGGAGCGGCGCGCUUGGCGGCCCGCAGCGGGUGACGGCGACGGCGGGCGCGGCGCGCAGUCCGGCCCGGCAGGCUCCGCACCGCGCCAGCACCACGGACAGCUCAGGUGCUUCAUCUCCAGACAUGGAGCCUAGCUAUGGGGGAGGCCUUUUUGACAUGGUGAAAGGUGGUGCUGGGAGACUCUUCAGUAACCUAAAGGACAACUUGAAAGACACCCUCAAAGACACAUCCUCUAGAGUCAUUCAGUCUGUUGCCAGCUACACAAAGGGAGACUUGGACUUCACUUACGUUACCUCCAGAAUUAUUGUGAUGUCCUUUCCUAUGGACAAUGUUGACAUAGGAUUCAGAAACCAGGUUGAUGACAUACGUAGCUUUUUGGAUUCCAGACACCUUGACCACUACACCGUCUAUAAUCUGUCACCCAAGUCAUAUCGAACUGCCAAGUUUCACAGCCGGGUCUCAGAGUGCAGUUGGCCCAUCAGGCAGGCCCCAAGUCUGCACAACCUCUUUGCUGUAUGUCGGAAUAUGUACAAUUGGCUGUUACAAAAUCCCAAAAACGUCUGUGUUGUCCACUGCUUGGAUGGACGGGCGUCGUCGUCAAUUCUGGUUGGCGCUAUGUUCAUCUUCUGUAAUCUCUACUCUGCUCCGGGCCCUGCUGUCCGAUUGCUGUAUGCAAAACGACCAGGAAUUGGACUGUCACCGUCCCAUAGGAGAUACCUGGGCUACAUGUGUGACCUACUUGCAGACAAACCCUACCGCCCUCACUUCAAGCCUCUUACUAUCAAGGCAAUCACUGUUAGCCCAAUUCCUUUCUUCAACAAACAGAGAAAUGGAUGUCGCCCUUACUGUGAUGUACUGAUAGGAGAAACUAAAAUAUAUUCAACCUGCACAGAUUUUGAACGAAUGAAAGAAUACCGUGUCCAAGAUGGAAAAAUCUUCAUUCCCCUGAACAUCAGCGUGCAGGGAGAUGUGAUUGUUUCCAUGUACCACUUGAGGUCAACCAUUGGGAGCCGGCUGCAGGCCAAGGUGACCAACACACAAAUAUUCCAGCUCCAAUUCCAUUCUGGAUUCAUACCACUGGACACAACCACUUUAAAGUUCACCAAGCCUGAGUUAGAUGCAUGUGAUGUACCAGAAAAAUAUCCUCAGCUAUUCCAGGUGACACUGGAUAUAGAAGUGCAGCCCCAUGACAAAGUGAUAGACUUAACACCACCAUGGGAGCAUUACUGCACAAAAGAUGUCAAUCCCAGCAUCCUCUUCUCUUCUCAGCAGGAACAUCAAGAUACUAUGGCCUUAGGAGGACAGGUUCCAGCAGAUAUGCCUCCAGACAAUACCAGGCAGUAUGGGCAAGGUGGCUUCUUUGCCUCUCUCUGUUGGCAAGAUCAGAAAUUGGAGAAGUCAGUGUGUGAGGACCAUGCUGUUCUCGUCAGUCAGGAGAGUGAACAAUCAGAUGAUGAGCUUCUGACCCUUUCUAGUCCACAUGACCAUGCCAAUGGUGACAAAUAUCAUGUUACCAAGAAGCCCAGCAAGAAGCAGGAGGAGUCAGCCGCCCCUCUUCCCACUCAGGAGGCGGACCUUCUGGGCCUGGAAGGGUCUGAUGUGAGUAAGACUUCCUCUCCAGUGGCGGCUCCGCCCAGCAAUUCUGAACUGCUGAGUGACCUGUUUGGGGGUGGAGGUGCCACUGGUCCUGCCCCAGCCAGGCAGGCCGGGGUGGAAGACGUGUUCCAUCCCAGUGGACCUGCAUCCACCCAGUCAACACCACGCCGUUCUGCCACCUCUACAUCUGCAUCACCCACCCUCCGAGUGGGAGAAGGUGCCACCUUUGACCCAUUUGGAGCAACAGCUAAGCCUUCAGGUCAAGAUUUGCUGGGGUCCUUCCUGAACACAUCCAAUGCUUCUAGUGACCCCUUUCUGCAGCCUACACGAAGUCCUUCUCCUACAGUGCAUGCUUCUAGUACCCCUGCUGUGAAUAUUCAGCCUGAUGUUGCUGGAGGUUGGGACUGGAAUUCUAAACCAGGUUUUGGAAUAGGAAGUAAGUCAGCUGCCACCAGCCCGACAGGCUCCUCCCAUGGCACUCCCACCCAUCACAGCAAGCCUCAGACACUGGAUCCUUUUGCUGACCUGGGGACACUUGGUAGUUCUUCAUUUGCCAGUAAACCUACCACGCCCACUGGCCUGGGCGGAGGAUUUCCACCUCUCAGCUCACCACAGAAAGCAUCUCCACAGCCUGUGGGUGGAGGAUGGCAGCAAGCACCUGGCUAUAACUGGCAGCAAGCACAGUCUAAGACCCAGCCCACCAUGCAACACUCCUCCCCCCAGAACAGGCCCAACUACAAUGUGAGCUUCUCCGCCACACCUGUGGGCCAGAGUGAACGCAGCAAAGGAUCAGAAGGGAAACCAAAGGCAUCAGACUUUGAAGACCUGCUGUCUAGUCAAGGUUUCAAUGCCCACAAAGACAAGAAGGGGCCUAGGACAAUAGCUGAGAUGAGAAAAGAAGAAAUGGCCAAGGAAAUGGACCCUGAGAAAUUAAAGAUUCUGGAAUGGAUAGAAGGCAAAGAGAGAAACAUCAGAGCCCUACUUUCCACAAUGCACACUGUGCUGUGGGCUGGGGAGACCAAGUGGAAACCAGUUGGCAUGGCAGACCUAGUAACACCAGAGCAGGUGAAGAAGGUGUACAGGAGGGCCGUGCUGGUGGUACACCCAGACAAAGCCACUGGGCAACCUUAUGAACAAUAUGCAAAGAUGAUUUUCAUGGAGCUAAAUGAUGCCUGGUCUGAAUUUGAAAACCAAGGCCAAAAGCCUUUGUAUUAAUUUGUGAGCUUUUUCUAUCUUGGUUGCAACUCCAUGCUAAAGAUUAGUGUAUACCACAAUUCUGAGAUUUUCACAGAUGAACCAAAAAUUACAGUAAUGUAGUUCAAGUACUAAACUGUUAAGUUACGUGUGAAUUCAUUUCUCAUAAGGAAAAUUGAUGUUUGGUUUCUUUAAGUCCAUAGUCUUUACUGAGAGAAACUUUCUGGAAUAGCUGACCUAACAGAGUUGUAACAUUCCAGCCUGUCCUUUGGGGAGCCUACUCAGCAUUUUGCCUGGGGACAUGGAAACCUGAGGCCACCAAAGAUUAAGGCAUAAUAUCCAUCUCAUUGUUUAAGAAUAUAUUAGUGAGUGAAAGUUAGGAUAGUUGAAUUAACUAACAACAGUUUUAAAGGAUGGCUUUUACUUUUUUAAAAAAGAAAUUUGAAAAAUGGCUUUACCCAAACUCAAGAAACAUGACCACCAAGUAUUUUUUAAUAUAAGUUUACUAUAGCCAUUAGCAUGAUAAUGUAUAUGUCUUCUGAUGAACAGUACUAAUCAAUAUAAAAGAACUUGGAUGAUGUGGAGUGAUUAUGCACAAAUCCAGGGACUACCAAGUCUUCCUGGAUGGAUUACAAACAAUGAACACGUGGGCUAAAGAAACCAGGGGCUGUGAGAUGCACAAACCUUGAUUCCUGGUCAAGAUGUUGGGCUGCUCUCUCCUUCUCCCUUUAAAAAACUGUGGCUGACUAAAGGAAAACUCAACACUAUCACAACUCCAAACCUGCUUGAAAGAACUUCUGAGUUUUACAUCAAUGCUCAGUGCUCUUCCUUUUGCUUAGGCAUGAGAUCAUUCUUUUUUGGGAAUAGGUUGCAGAGCAGUUUGCAGUUUUCAGGACCAGUAGCUAUUACGGCCUAUAUAUUCUGGUAAUUCAUCAAUAGGAAGAAUAUAGAAAUUAAUACUGAGCAGUAGUUAGGAGAAGGGUCCAGUAAUGGAGGCAGACUUGUGUAUACCUUCAGACCCAGUCAGGUGGUAUGUUAGUAUUGGCUUUGAGAAACCAGGUCCACUCCUACCUGUGAGUUUGGACACCUUGGAUUAUUUCCAUGGAGUUUCCUGUUGUAAAAGUAAUUGACUGUUGUGAAAUCCUGGCAAGAAUGAAACUUUUCCAGGCAUAUAGCUGGUUGGGUUUCAGUUCAGUGUUUAUGGUUCUCAUUUUGUGGGGUAAGCAGUUAAUUAUCUUGUGACUUUAGUAGGUUUCCUGGGGACAUAGACACUAUCUACAAAGUGCACAUGUAUAUGCACAAAGCAGGUGGUUUAAAGAUCUUCAUAUUAAUUUCAAUUGGCUUAUGCUCAAAAUUGUGAAAAGCUAUAAAAAUCAUUUUUCAAAGACAAUCAUUUUCUUGAUUCUGCUUUAAUAUUAAUGUAACAAACUGUACUAGAAAAGCAGCAUGUCAAAAUACUUUUGAUUCUAGACAUAUUUCUUUUUCUUAUUGUUUUGUUAUAAAAGUUCAUUAUUUAUUUUAUCUUAUACUGAUAAUGUGAAACUCUCAAAACUUUUCUCUUAAAAUACACAGCUAUAACCUAUUUGAGGUAACCAUAAUAGCCUGGUGUUAUUUAUGAAUGUGUUGUAAAAUGAUGUUUGACCCAGUGUGUGCUUGUCUUAUUUAAAAUUGGAAUGUAAGACAUUUCUCUUCAUUCAUAUUUGUAGAUAUUGUGUGAACUAUAGUAUAUAUUGACAUAAUUAAAAGGAUAUUAUGUGGAUGUCACAUACAUUUGAAAUUAUAGAACUAUAUUAGCUUCAUAUCAUGUUUGCAUAAUUAAUUAGUUAAUGGUUUAAACAGUCAUUAAACAUUAUGUAAUUAGUAAUGCAAAAGAGCCUUCCUUAACUUAAAGAGAUGGUUUCUCCAUCUCUCUUCCAGAUACAUAAUAAUUCUUGGUCCCUAUUUGUCUUAAAACUCUUAACAUAUAUGCAGACCAACAAGGUUUUGCAUUCCUUUUAAAUGUCUGGUGUUACAGAGCUUGUUGUUGGUUAGGUUGUUUGAUUCAUAUUUAUUGUAAUAUAU